AUGUGGAGCCACAUAAAUACCAUAUUCCGUAAUUUAAGCCGUAGUAUUGUCGCAAGGUACAAUAAGGACGUCGCAAUAUGUGAGUACCUGUACAACAGUGAUAAGGACAAAUCAUGCUAUGAAAGGUGCAGAGACAUCAUAAACAUUCUCCGCUUUAUGGAUGGAUAUACCUAUAGUGCCGAGAAGUGGACAAAAGUACAGAAUAACAGAAGUGAGGUUGUAGGAUUCGAGGAUUAUAUGAGAUGUUUGGCCGGAAGUAUAGCUUUACUGCAGAUAUAUAAUGAGGACCAAAAUCAACAGAAGAUUGUAGAGACAGUGGCGCAUCAGUUGGACAUAGACAGUAAGAAUGCAAAAGCGGAAUUUGGAUACGGGAAAUGUAAUAAUUAUAACCAUGGGGAAAUAGAAUUCGGAUUAAAAUUUAUUGCGGCUACUGGCAAAGAAUGGAUAGAAAGGUGGAAGAAAGGGUGGCUGGGGCAACAAAAUAAAAAGAAACAUCUGGCGACGUGUGCAUCCGGAGCUGAACGAAGGAGGAGGCCAAAAAAAACAAACAAUUCUAUUAUAAAAGUGUUGAAUAAGGAUUUUGCUAGAGACAUAAAGGACAUAUUGGAAAAAAGUGUCCGAGAAACAAGAGAUGUAUUUAAGGAUAUAGUAGAAGGAAUAUGGGAAAGUAUAAAUACAGGUGAUGAUACGAGAACAAUAGAGAACAAAGUAAAGGAUAUAAUAGAAAGAGCUAAGAUGGGAGGGCCGGUAAGCCUAGGCGCGCCAGCGCUAAAGGGAAAUGACGAGUCACCAGCAGUGCACAAACCCACGAAACCGGAUGCUCAGCCCCCUGCACCGCAGCGUCCUGUAUCAGCAUCGGACUCAUCGGCAUCCCCAGCAACACCAGAAACAUCAACACCAAGCCUAUCAGAUAAGAAGGAAGGAUCGCAGCCUCCCCAGAAAGAAGCAGAAGCACCAUCAUCGCCGACACCGGUAGAACCAGCCCCGAAAGGAAGAUCAGAAAAUUCUGAGCAUCCACCUCCACCACCAGUACAAUGGCCAGCAGAACCGUCGUCAACGCCAUCACCAACGGAAAAGGUACCAGUAAAGGACGUGGCAUCAACGGGGGAACCCGGACAAGACCAAAAGUCUACGGAGACUACUAAAACCGUGGAGAACAAUGAGCAGGCUGAAGCAUCCGGCCCCCCAAAUGCCGCCGACAGGGACCCCGUCACUAGUGUGGGCACUGAGGAUAGUGUAUCUGAACCCGGGAACCAGGUGAACUGUAAAACUUCGGAAGACGGCGUAGAUGUCCAGAAUGCUCAGAGUAAAGCAGGAGAAACUAAUCGUGCUCCUCACGAAGGAAGUGCUCAGGGGAGCACUAACGAGCACAUUGUUCCAAAUGCCAAAGCAGCUGAUACCGUUAAUCCAAGUACUAAGGACAAUGGCAUACCAGGUACCCCCGGACACGCCUCCACAAGUAAUGAUGCCUUACAACCAAGUACAGGCGCGGCUGGUGGAAGUGGCGCCAAUGGUAAUCCUGUCGAUUCCUCUGAUAAGAGUGGACCAAAAGAAAUUGCUGUAGUAGUAGUGCAGAAGGAAGCUACAGUAUCACCUGUGAAUCCAGAAGCAGGAGCAGGAUUACCGGAUACUGAUAUCGCAAAGGUAAAUUCGAACGACCACCAGCAAGCAUCAGCAGAAAAUACAAACAAUAGUCCACCAUCCAAAGGUGCCCCGGACAUCCCCUUCUUCUGGCCAGGACUUACCCUGGAUAAGGUCACCCCCUACACACCCAUAAUCAUUCCAGUGUUAGUUGGUAUAUUUAUCUUGAUCUUUCUCCCUUCAAAAUAUUUUGCUUUGCUGGGAAAACGGAAAAGAACAAGAUACAGGACGAUACGUGACGUGCCGUCACCGCCACUCGACGAAGAAAUAUUGCAGCAUCUACAACGCGGCGACCUGCCGCCACCCGAUUACGGUUACACAAUGGUUACGGAUAGGCAGCCCGGCAGAUUGCGCGCCCGACGACGACGACGUCAUCCACGCGUGCAUAAGCUCACCAUCAUCGAGCUACAUUUAGAAGUGCUCCACGAAUGUGAAGCGACAGCUUGGGAAAACGUCCAAGACGACUAUUUGCACAUACUCGUUGAAGAGUUUAUGGGGGGCAACAACGGACAUAGUAGUUCCUUGGAUGCUGCUACCACAAACCAGGGUUUAUCAGGAACCAAUGUUUCCUUCGCCCUGCAUCCACCCACUGACUUCGACGGAACGGAUGCAUGUCCACGUAACGCAGAUGACCCCGAUCCAUGCAAGUGUAUGGAAACUAUACAGUUAGCAAGGGACCGUUCUCCACCUAACGAAGAUGACCCCGAUCCAUGGAGUUGUAUGGAAACCAUACCGUUAGAAACGGACCGUUCUCCACCUAACGAAGAUGAUCCAUGGAGUUGUAUGGAACACAUACAGUUAGAUGCAGAACAGAGUCGUUCACAACCAGCAGCGACACGUGAAAUGCGGGCCCCCGACCACACUAAUUGGAUUAACUGGAUUGACCGCCACAAACAUAUGUUGCGCGAGUGCACGAGGAAACCGUGGUUUAAUGCACUCAAAUCGGAAUGGAAACAAUAUUAUCAACAACAUGCGCCAAACGAAGCAUCUGGUGUGAACAGGACAGCCGCAUUCAUGGACAGCAAGAAGCACGCAUGGAAAGAAUGGGUAGCGCAACAACAUCAGCAAAUGAGUACAUACAGUGAGGAGGAGUGGUUUAAGCAUUUGUUAGAAAAUAUCGAGGAGGAGACACUACCGGAAAAAGGCGAAGUACUUCGAGUAGAAAAAGUAAUGGGAGCAGAGGACAUGCUAAUAGUGAGAGAUUUACCACGCCCCCAAACACUGCAUCAGGAUGCACAUACAAAGAACCACUUCAUUGCCAAAUUGUGGAUCCUUCUGCUCGCGACCGUUAUACAGCAAUGCGACUCGGACCAGAAUGUGCAGGAAAAGGAGUUAUAUGUGGAUCGUUUAUUACAAAAUCUUUGA